AAACAAGCACACAUCUAAAGAAUACAUUUUUUAUGAAUAACGUGUUUAAAAAAACCUAAAUAAUGGAAGUAAUCGUUGCUAACGUUGAGCAUAUAAAAUUCGCUAUUGACUAUGCUCUAGAAGAGCAAUAUGGGGCUCUACCGCUACCAUUCCCAGGAAUGGACAAAUCUACAGCAGCGGUAUGUGAAUUUUAUUCUCAGCCUGGCGGCUGUGGUAACGGGGCCCAAUGCCCCUAUAGACAUGUUCGAGGCGAUCGUACUGUGGUUUGCAAGCACUGGCUUCGAGGACUCUGCAAGAAAGGCGAUCAAUGUGAGUUCUUGCACGAGUACGACAUGUCUAAAAUGCCAGAGUGCUAUUUCUACGCCAGAUUCAAUGCAUGUCAUAACAAGGAAUGCCCAUUUCUACACAUUGAUCCUGAGAGUAAAAUAAAAGAUUGCCCAUGGUAUGACAGAGGCUUCUGCCGCCAUGGACCACACUGUCGUCACAGGCACGUACGACGUGUGCUCUGCAUAAACUACCUAGCCGGUUUCUGCCCAGAUGGAGCCUCGUGCAAAUUUAUGCAUCCACGCUUUGAAUUACCAGCACCACCAGAUCAACCCAAAGAUGCAAAACGCCUUCCUGUUUGUCACAGCUGUUCGGAAGUUGGACACAAAGCUUCGUCAUGUCCAAAAAUACCACCUGAUCAAAGAGAAGCAGCCCAGAAGCAAGAGGAAGCUAGAUACCGUUCCCUGGGCUAUGUUAAACCCGCAAUCGAGCAAGAAGACAACAGUGGUCCAAGAUUACAAAAAAUAGUCCACAAACCCAUAGAAGAAGUAACCUGUUUUAAGUGUGGCGCAAAAGGUCACUAUGCAAAUAAAUGUCCCAAAGGUCAUCUCGCCUUUCUCUCCAGCCAAAACCAGGGAGGAACAAACUUUAGAAAACAAAACUAGUAUUAGUGUGAAGCCUAUGUUUGAUUAGGCUUCCUGUGAUCUGACUUUACAAAGAAACAUAUUAGUACCUACUUUUGUUGUGAAUGAGAUUUAUUUACAAAUAAAAUAGUGUUAAAGUUAAAUAAAUAAGAGUAACUGCUA